GGGCAUUCCCCAAGUUAACCCGACAACCUGUUCCACUUCCACCACCAGAAUCCACGAGAACCAAACCCGCCAGGCCCGCCCGUGCACCUCUCGGCCGGAGACGCAACCAGCCCUCCCCUCCAUGACCCCUGGCUCGGAGGAUAGAGCAGCAGCCAACAACAACAGACCGGCCGACCACUCCUACCCUCAGUCAACCAGGGAACCGUUAUACCAGAUACCGAACCUGAGGCCUGCCGGCCAGGGUCAUUUGCUACCCUCGUGCUCGCGAGGUCCACGACUCACCCUCUCUGCAAGGCGCUGCAGCGCUGCUUCAGGCACGCGCCCCUCAGCCAGCACGGUACGAUCCUGGUCCUGUAGCCACGGCCGACCGUCUCCGACCUCGACCGCGACCGCGACCAGAGCCGGUUUCUUUUGGGGUCAGAGAAUGAGCUUGGGUGUCGCGUCGAGAAGUCGGUAUCACAUGCUGGGACCACAGAGGGACCUCCACUGAGACUCUGCAACAUCGGUUUGGAGCCAUAGUUUGCGGGCAACGACUGGUACCUGCUAUUCAACCCGACUAUUGCCCAGCCGUCCCGAGGGCCUGCGAACCUUGAACCUCUCGUCGUCAACCUGUACCGGCCCCUCCUUUCAAGUCGUCUUUCUUGUUGCGCGAGGCCUUUACAAGGCCUGCGCUCAAAUAGGAUCCAGCAGCCAUGGCCGGAGGAAACAUCAAGGUCGUGGUGAGGGUGCGGCCGUUCAACAGCAGAGAAAUCGACCGCGGCGCAAAAUGUAUCGUGGAGAUGAAAGAUGCCCAGACAGUCCUUACCCCGCCGCCAGAUGCUCCCCAGGGCAAGAACUCGAAAGACAGUGGCCAGAAAGUAUUCGCAUUUGAUCGAUCAUAUUGGUCCUUCAACAAGAACGACUCGCAUUAUGCCGAACAGCACCACUUACAUGAGGAUCUGGGAAAGCCGCUUCUGGACAAUGCGUUCCAAGGUUACAACAACUGUAUUUUUGCGUACGGCCAGACCGGUUCUGGAAAGUCCUACUCGAUGAUGGGCUAUGGCAAAGAACAUGGUAUCAUCCCUAUGAUCUGUCAAGACAUGUUUGAAAGAAUAAGUGGCAUAACACAGGCGGACCCGCACACGCGAUGCACUGUGGAGGUGUCGUAUUUGGAAAUCUACAAUGAGAGAGUCAAGGACUUGUUAAAUCCAGGCACCAAGGGGAACCUAAAAGUCCGAGAGCACCCGUCGACCGGUCCUUACGUUGAAGACCUCGCCAAACUCGUCGUCGGCAGCUUUCAGGAGGUCGAACACCUCAUGGAUGAGGGCAACAAGGCCAGAACCGUGGCCGCUACGAACAUGAAUGCGACAUCCAGCCGAAGCCACGCCGUGUUUACACUCAUGCUCACUCAGAAGACGGUCGACACCGAAACCAAGAUGGAGAUGGAGAAAGUUGCCAAGAUCAGUCUGGUCGAUCUCGCGGGUUCCGAACGAGCGACGUCCACGGGUGCCACAGGGGCGCGUCUCAAAGAAGGUGCCGAGAUCAACAGGUCGCUGUCCACGCUCGGCCGAGUAAUCGCUGCUCUCGCAGAUCUCUCCACCGGCAAGAAAAAGAAAGGCGCGGCUUCACAAGUACCCUAUCGAGACUCAGUCCUCACAUGGCUGCUGAAGGACUCCUUGGGUGGUAACAGUAUGACUGCAAUGAUAGCAGCUAUCAGUCCUGCUGAUAUCAACUAUGACGAGACCUUGAGUACGCUGAGAUAUGCCGAUUCCGCCAAACGAAUCAAGAACCACGCUGUUGUCAACGAGGACGCCAAUGCCCGCAUGAUCAGAGAGCUCAAGGAAGAGCUGGCUCAGCUCAGGAGCAAGCUCAGCGGCGGAGGCGGUUCUGUCGGCGGAGCUGGCGUGCCCGCAGAUGAAGUCUACGCGGAGGGCACGCCUCUCGAAAAACAACUGGUCACGAUUACUGCAUCAGACGGCUCUACGAAGAAGGUUUCCAAGGCGGAAAUCGCCGAGCAGCUGAGCCAAAGCGAAAAGCUGCUGUCAGACCUUAACCAGACCUGGGAGCAGAAGAUGGCCAAGACAGAGGAGAUCCACCAAGAGCGGGAGGCUGCCCUUGAGGAACUCGGCAUCAGCAUCGAGAAGGGAUUCGUUGGGCUGAGCACCCCCAAAAGGAUGCCGCAUUUGGUCAACCUGUCCGAUGAUCCGCUCCUGGCGGAGUGUCUCGUCUACAACUUGAAGCCUGGCAUCACAACCGUGGGCAAUGUCGAAUCGGAGGCCAACAGCAACCUUGGAAUAAGAUUGAAAGGAACCAGAAUCCAAGCCGAGCAUUGCUCGUUUGAAAAUGCUGCGGAUGGCACUGUCACACUCUCCCCCAGGGAAGGCGCGGCCGUCAUGAUCAAUGGCAAGCGAAUCACCGAGCCGCAGCAGUUGCAUUCGGGCUAUCGCGUCAUUCUUGGUGAUUUCCACAUCUUCAGGUUCAAUCAUCCUAUGGAAGCUCAGGCGGAGCGAGCAGAGAGGACUGAAACGCAACGGCAGAGUCUCCUGCGUCAGUCGAUCACUGCCAGCCAACUACAGGCGCUCGAGCGUACAUCGCCAACGCCUAGCCCGAGGCUCCCACAUGAGCGUAGCUGGAGUAAAGCAGGAUCCGAGUUCGGCAGUGAUAGCCGUUCAGACUCGCCAGCGCCGCGCGGUCGCGAUACCGACUGGUCGAUGGCCAGACGAGAAGCUGCAGGGGCCAUUCUCGGCUCGGACCAGAACCUUUCAAACCUGACAGAUGAGGAACUCAAUGCACUUUUUGAGGACGUUCAGCGAGCCAGGGCUGAGCGUGUCACCGGGAAGGAGGGUGAGGACGACAUGGAAUCUCAGGCGUCCUACCCCGUCAGAGAAAAGUACAUGUCGACUGGUACGAUCGACAACUUCUCACUUGAUACGGCUCUGACGAUACCUUCGACACCGAAACAAGGCGAUUCUGACGACAAAAUGCGCGAUGCUCGUGAUGAAAUGCAGACGCAAUUGGAUAAGCAAAAGGAGGAAUUUCAUGAACAGCUAAGGGCCGCUCAAGCAGCCAAUGUCGAAGUCGAAGAGAUUAGGAAAGAGAAGGCGCACAUGGAGGAGACCUUGAAGAAGAUGAAAGAGGACAUGCAGAAACAGCUCGAAGUACAGAAGCGCGACUUUGAGGCCAAAAUCGAGAAGCUCGAUCCUCUAAAGAGGCCGAAAGCAAACCCCAAGCUAUCGGACGAUGAGAUCGAGCUGGCCAAGAAAGUUGUAAAGCAUUGGAGAGGUCGACGGUACGUUCAGAUGGCCGAAUCAGUGCUACAACAUGCUGCGACCUUGAAAGAGGCACAAAUCAUGAGCCAGGAGUUGGAUGAGAGCGUCGUCUUCCAGUUCUGCGUCGUUGAUUCGGGCCAUGACCUCUGUUCUUCUUACGAUAUGAUCCUCAACGGUGGAGAGUCCGACGACUUCGCGCUCGAGCAAGCAAUCAAGCCGUGCAUCGGCGUCCGCGUGGUGGAUUACAAACACAGCCUGGUCCAUCUCUGGAGCUUGCACAAGUUGCACGACCGUGUUCGGCAAAUGCGACAGAUGCACCAGUAUCUGGAUCAGCCAGAGUACGCUCAGCAUCUGAGUCUCGACAAUCCCUUUAUCGAGACCUGCAUGCCUCAGUACACGCUUGUGGGGGAGGCAGAUGUUCCGCUGAAGGCGGUCUUUGAGUCUCGAGUCCAAGACUUCCAUCUCGACGUGCUCUCGCCACAUACGUCUCACGCCAUCGGUAUCAUCAAGUUGUCGCUCGAACCGUCAUCAGCCCGAGCACCUACAAAUUCGCUAAAGUUCAACGUUGUGAUGCACGAAAUGGUGGGGUUCGCCGAGCGCGAAGGCACGGAAGUGCAUGCCCAACUUUUCAUCCCUGGCAUUUCCGAAGAGGACGGCAUCACAACCACCCAGAUGGUGAAGGAUUUCGACGAAGAUCCUAUCCGAUUUGAGAGCGUCCAUAGCAUGAACGUUCCCCUUUUCGCUCCUCCUGAGGUGGUUCUGCGUGUGGCCAUUUUUGCAAAAGUGUCCUCUAUGCACCUCGACAAGCUCCUUAGCUGGGAUGACAUGCGAGAUGCUGUGCCCAGCUCGAGAGGCAAGCCUAAAUCAGCUCGGAUCAACGAGUCCCACUUCUACACUGAAGAAAAGCAUGAUCUGCUUUCUCGCAUUCAGGUCUUGGAAAUGGACGAGAAUGGCGAAUAUGUCCCAGUCGAGGUUGCACAAACCGGCGAGCUGGACAGUGGAACCUUUCAACUGCACCAGGGUUUGCAGAGACGCAUAACUGUCAACCUGAAUCACAGCUCUGGCGAUAUCCUACCCUGGGACGACGUGGUUUCCGUUCGUGUUGGAAAGAUACAGCUCGUGGAUGCUGCUGGGAAGAAUCCGGACUUGGGCGCCGCCUCACCCGACAUUUCUCUCAAAUUGGUGUCACAACCUGUCUUCCGACAAAACGCCAAUGGCACGCGCAGCGUCACCAUCACCGGCCAGUGGGACUCUAGCUUGCACAAUUCGCUUCUGUUGGACCGCACGACAGGGGAAAAGUAUCGAGUGCAGAUGGCCAUCAGCUGGGAAAUAAGUUCCUCAAAGCUCGCCGAGCCCAUGCGUUUCUCGAAGAACGUCUUCUGCCAAAUUCUGUCGCGCUCCUUCGUGCGGCAGACGUCUAUGCUCUCUGCCCUCUGGCAGAGUGUCCGCUUUGUGCAUUCCAGCACAGCCAUUUUCACCCUCAAAAUGCGUCCGGCGCCUAUCAAGCGAGUUGGUGAUCUGUGGAGAAUGAACAGCCAGCACGACUACGUGAAGGGCGAGGAAAACUUGACCACCUGGACUCCGCGAGGCAUUUCUCUGAUCAGCGAUUACAUCAGCACGCGGAAAAAGCGCAGGCGCAUCGCUGAGAUUGGUGCAAUGCAGAACUUUCUGAAGAAGGUGGGACUGCCGGAGCCGAGAGCUGCGCUAGAUGGAGGAAACCAAGGACUGGACCCUGGCUCCCCGCCCGAAAGUCAGAGGGAAGACGAUGUUGACUCAAUCGACGAGUUGCUACAGGAUACUCCAGAUGUGUCGCAGGUUCUGGAUCCUGUGGAACCUCCAAUGCCAAUCGACGAAGCAGCGCGUGAGUCAGCCGAUGAGCAAUCGGGUGACCUAUCUGGCGGGCAACCUGGUGAACUAUUUGGUGGGCAGGAGCAGGCACAGCCAACAAAAGGCGAGCCACCAAAUCAAGAGGACGAAAUAGCGACUGAGCUCUCAGAAAGGACUAUUCCGAAGUCAGAAUACUCUGAGCGUGAGUCGUUCAUUCUAGAGCGAUGUCUGAAGCUGUGGAGAAGAUACCCGGACCCCCUCAACCAGAUAUUGAGCGAAGUAAACACCAAACCACCUGAGCACGGCAACCCAGUUUCUCCUUCACAGCCCGAGCUCUUGGCUACCGUCAUCCGCGUUUCCAAGAACCCGACUGUGCUCAAGGGCGGCUACCUCCUGGUGCCGAGCAGUGAUGCCACUCGAUGGAUAAAGCGUUUCGUGGAGUUGCGCCGACCAUACCUCCACAUCCACAACGUUACAGAUGGGGAGGAGGUUGCCAUCGUCAGCUUGCGCAACUCUCGAGUCGACAGCCAGCCGACCAUUCUGGACUUGCUGAACGAGACAGAUGGUGACGACGGCGGUAUGGACAUGAGUGCCGCCCUGACCGCGUCACCUGAACAACUCCGUUCACAACAGAAUAGCAGCAGGCCAACGCACCACCGGAGAGGCUCCUCGGGACGGGUCAUCACUAGCAUCGUUGGUAAUAUCAACGGUGAUGGGACUGCAUCGUCACAUGCCAGGAACAGAAGCGUCAGUUCUGGACUCGCCAAGCUGUCACCAAGGCUGCAAGCCGGCGUGUUUGCCAUCUACGGGACGGAUAAUACUUGGCUCUUCGCGGCUCGGAGCGAGCGUGACAAGCUCGACUGGAUCUUCAAGAUUGAUCAGAGCUAUUUCUCGUCGAGCAGUGGGAGUCCGGAGGGGAACGGUGCUGAGAGCCCUAAUGGGGGCUACUGAAUGACCUGGACUAAUCUGGGAGAUCUUGGCUUAUUGCUUGACCACGAUUGGGAUAAGGCGUUCAUGCGAAGGUGAAUUGCUCUGAGCAGUUCGGAGCGCAAUCUCGCUAUCAAGGCAUAAUAUGCUACAGUCGUUUCCGGCGGCAAACAUAGAAUCAGCUUCAGGUUCUGUGAGGAGCCUAGCAGCACCCCAUAUUUCCUUUGUUUUGUGCUUGUCCGUGUCGCUAUGUGUUAUAGACUAUACCCAUACCCCCCUUUCGCGAUAGUGGCCACAGAAGAAUGCAUAUGCCAUGAUGGCGCGGAGAAGAAGACUUGAGAGAAAAGCCGAGGGAAAGAUGCAGGAUACCCAGGCACAUUGUCUAUCUGGAUUAAUCAGGUUCGUGCCGGGCAGCUAGAAGAGAUAGGUUUCUGGAUGACUGAAAGAAAUGAUGGGAACCAUGAUUGCUACUAAGGAACUCUCCAUGUUCUGACCCUCGGCCAUCAUCCCAUCAGACUCUGCAUAAGUAUCUACCUAGGUACCUAGGUGGGUACCUAGGUGGGUACCUAGGUGGGUACCUAGGU